AUGGCGAGUAGUGGCGAGACAAAAAAACAUCGUUCGCCGGUGAAUAUUAUUUCAGUGGACAUUGGCACCACAACGAUUUCGUGUCAUCAUUUCGACCAGUCUGGGAUCUCUGUUUACCAAACAUCGAGAGAGGUCAGCAAAAUAAUAGCUCAUUCAAAGUUAGAUUUCACUUUACAAAGUCGGCGUAAGCAUGAUUUGUGUUUGUCAACGUUUCUCUCUUUUAAGAAAGCGCAGAUGAAAAAUUUUCAGUCUCUGAAAGAUUCUUGCUUUUCCGAUCCAAAUUCAUGCCCAAACUACCAAGGCCUGACUUUUUUGAUUACCCAGCUGAUCGGGUCGAAGAAAUCAGUGAAGAAAUAGGCACAAUUUAAACCGUACAGUUACGAUGUUUGAUCGGUUAAAAUUUUGUGCUAUUAAAGCUAAAAUGACAUUGAAGUACAUGUAAGCUUAUACAGAAAGCUUGUUUCUCUUUCUAGUAGUUUGCUCAUUAAUUUCUCAGAAUUCAGUCAGACUGAUUCUUCAAAGAAAGAGUUCAAAUGAACGGUGACAACUGAAGGAAGUUUAAUAAGAAAUUUAGUAGCUUAGUGACCGACAUCUUCUGUUCGCAGUGGGGCAUAUCGCAGUCGACUUUCUUGAUAUUGGUCAUUAAGUAGAUCUAUGUAGCGGUUAUUUUAUGCAAAUUCAAAAAAGGAAGAAACAAGAUGUGUCCUAAAUAUAUGCCAUUAAUAUUUUAUAAACUACGAUGUGUUUCUAUAAAUGGGACUGAUGUCUUGACCGUUUGAAGAUGCUUUUUGCUAAUUCAAGUUGUCUUAUAAUUGAGCUCAUACUCAUUCUUUCAAAGAGAGUUUUUUUCAAUAUUCAGAGGUUUAUUUUAUUAGCUUCAUCAGAAAAUGAUAAGGAUAUGCUAAUGAGGCAGAAAAUGUACAGUUUUGUAAACAAGGAUUCGCCUAUAGGUGGUGGACUAGAGAUGCCUACACUAAGUAUACAAGUGACGGAAGGGGUGAGGAUCUGAGAUAUGGAAAAAAGGGCCCACCAUUUUAUUGGUGUAUUAAAUAAAAUUUAAUGUCAUGCCUAUGAGGCGUGUAGGGUUCAAGCAGUGUUUAAGGGGUUCCCGGGCUUCCUCUCCACCAUUUUACUAUUUGUAUAAGAGUUAUCACAGAGUUAUGACUGGGGAUGAAAAUCUUCCCUUGCUCUCAUGAACAUUCACAUUGACUAGAAUAUUGACAAAAUUGCUAGUGGCAUCUCUGUUUGAAAACACCUAGGCUUUCUGUGGCUUGUUAACCUUCUGUCACCAAAUAAUAUUGGAAAGUGCGAAUCCUAGGAAAAAUGCAAAGAAAAUGAAAAUAACACUUUCAGUCACUAUUUAUCCAGUGUCCUAAAUGUGCUUAUGUAUACCAUCCAUGUCUUUGCAUGACCUAUCCUAGUCGACUUCAGUCUCUUUUACUAUUAAAUAUUACUCCCUUUCUUAUGAUAAUAUGUUGUUACUAAGUUAUUUAAAUAUUGCUAACAGGUUAAACUCCUCCAUCCCCAGCCUGGAUGGGUUGAGAUUGACCCUCAAGUGUUAUGGGAACAGUUUGUUGAUGUUAUAACAGAAGUCUUGGAAGGUAUUGCAGGCAGGGUAAAAUUGUAAAUUAUUGCCAGUGGUUUUUAAAAACUUGGGCUUUUUAUAUUGCUAAUUAUCUUUCUUGAUAAAAUGUUUGGGAUCAGUAUACAUGUAAGAUUCUUGGAAACUGCCCACCUACCCCUCCCCUAACCCAACAUUUUACCCUUAGUGAGAGAGCAGUAUUUUUUAGAUUCUGGGAAACUGCUCACCUACCUCUCCCUUAACCCAAUCUUUGCCUGGCCCUCCCCCCAUUUAAGUUAGAAUUUAGUGUAAACAUUGGUUUAGUGGGUAUGUGGGUAUGUAGGUGUGCAUUUCCUCAGACAUUUUACUGGAUGAUUCACAAUAUUAAUGAUUUUCAAUGUGGAGAUACAUGUAACUGACUCAUUUUUUGCGGUUAAAGCAUCAAAUCUUCAUGCAGAGGAUGUCACAGCCCUGGGUAUUUCCACCAUGAGAGGCACUUUUAUAACAUGGGACAGGUAACAUUAAUACUAGUAUUCUUUUUAACUUUAUUAGUCUCUCUUGCGUAAGCAGUGAGACUCAUAAUCUGCAAGCUGCCCUUUUUCUUCUUCAUAUUAAGGACACAAAAGGGCGGUUGGGGUCCCAGGUAUUCCUUGUGGAGACCGUGGAAACUGGGAAUAAGAAUCGUUGCGUGACCGAAGCCACACAUGUUUUGCAAAGAAAGCUUAGGAAAGAAUAUUAAAUGUGAUUUUAGAGCUUUUCCUGAACUGCGGUCGGUCCACGAAUUCUAUCACUUGAAAGGGUUUUUUAAUAACUUUGGAACAAGUGAACCGUUCACUGGUUGAAAAAAAAAAAGAACAAGAAGAAUUCUUUUUUUAUUAAUCUUAAUAAGCAAAGGCAAUAACUGGUGUAAAUAGUAUUGUAUGCAAAUGAGCCUUGUGAUGAGCAUGCAGUUUAUUUUUGGCGAUGAUUGAAAUGAUGUGCCAUGUUCUCAUCAUGGUGUAAUUUCUCUCAAAUAGAGGCCCUUGAAUUUUCGUGUAAUAAUUAUACACGUGUAUCAAACCUGUGACCGCGGACGUAUCUCUGAUCAUUGCUGACACGCAUACUAAAUCAAUUCGGAAACAAAUCUUCAAAUGCGAUAUAAAAAGUAAAUAUAAGAAUACUUGACCAUUGAUAAAGUAGGAUGUGAAAAACCUUUAGUGGGUAUAUCCUGUUUCGUCUGAAAUUAAUCGCCUCCACAUUUCUUAUGUAAUCUUCAAGCACACAAGCAAGACUAAAUGCCAAUAUUAAGAGCAUUCUUGUUUACCAUCAAACGUAUUUGAAAGUUUAGAUAUUUUAUCGUCUAUAUUUCACAUACAUGAACAGUUGGCCCCCUCCAUGGUUUUUUCAACUUUUGACAUGGACCAGUUAGGGAAAAUCCGUCGACAGACACACCUCUGGAAAAAACGCCUUAAAAUGAGUUACAAUUGCCAAGUUUGAAAGUGAUAUGUCUAAGGUGAGCGAAGAUGUAGGUCCACAAAGUUGCGAAAAUUUACAGAUGUUUGUAUGGUGGAGCACAAGUUUAGAUGCCCCCACCAUAUACAAACAUCUGUAAAAUUGUGCAACUUUGAGGAGCUUAUAUCUUUGUUAGUUUUCAACACUUAACUUUUCCAGCAGAGUUGAUGGAUUUUCUCUAAUUUGUCCAUGCCAAAAGUUGAAAAAAAUGUGGAAAGUCUAUUAUUAUGUAUAGUGAUAGUCAUGCCUUUUUUUAUAAUUGUUCCUUUUUUAGGCAAACUGGCCGGCCAUAUCACAACUUCAUCACCUGGCAAGACUUAAGGUCACAUAAUUAUGUUGAGAGCUGGAAUAAAUCACUUACCCUUAAGGUCAGAGAAAGGAUCUUAACUUAUUAUUGACAGUUAAUGUAAUUUAAUUAUGUUGAGAAAUGGAAUAAAUCACUUUUAUUUAACAACAUGAGCGCAUGUUGGAUAUGAGAUGGUAAAUAGCCAACGAGGCAUGUAGCGCUGAGUUGGCUUUUUACCAUCUGAUAUCGUGACUUCAUUUGUCAUUGCCGUUAUGGCAUUUUCCAGUAUUUCUUAUACUGCAUCGUUAGAAAGCUCACAAAAUCUAUUUUUUCCAUCACUUUGUCCUAGAGAAAGUAAAUGAUUUGCCUCCUGCAGGAAAUUUUCGCUUGGCAACACUUAGCAUAAUUUUUUCCCAUAUAAGGACAAACUAAGGUAUAAGAGAUGAUAAUAACUGAGAUUGAAUGAACCAAUCAGAAUACUAGAAAUGCAUUAUCCAAGGCUGACAAUUUAAUAAUACCUGCAUACUCAAGGUCAGGCAUGUCUAAUGCUCCUAAAAAAAUGUUUUCAGCAAAUUUUUCUAGCCUUGGGUAAAUUGACUAGGUAAAUAUAUGGCUUUAAUGUUUAAAGAAACAAAUACAGAACUUCCCUUUUGAUAUAUGAAUGAUAACUGGUUGCUGUGCAAAAACAAAGCUUGAAUGCCGGAAUGUUAUUUACAAAGCGAAACGAAAAUAGAGCCUGAUCUCAGGUUAUUGCUGUUCCAGGUAAAAAAUGUUAAAUGUCAUAAGCCCUUUUUCCACCCAGCAAUAUCAUAAAAAUUGUAGUUAUAGUUAGUUUAAAAAGGUUCAUUAACCCAUUUGCCCCUGGAAAUUUUGCCGAAAAACAUGUUUAAAGCUAGUCCAGCAGUUUUCUGCUCACUGUCGUGCUAUAAAGAGCUAUGGUGUCCUUGAUUGAAUUGUGCUCAUUCUGGUAUGGUUUGAAAGAUCUCUUCACUCUGCACAAGUUAGCAGACAAAGUUGUCCUUGACCAUUAAAACUGAUGACAUCACAAGCAGUAGAAGGGAUGUGGAUUUGCACGGGUGGUUAUGGGCAACUCAGGGGCAAAUGGGUUAAAAAUAUUAACCCUCUGCAAAUUAUUGCUUACAGAAAAUUUGCUAUUGUGUGAAGAUAUGAACUCACUUGCCUCUCUGUUUGUUUCAGAGUCUGAAUGUUGGUUCUAAAUUUCUUCACAUGAUUUCAAGACAAAAGAAAUACCUUGCUGGAAGUGUAAUUAGUUUUUCAACACAGCAUGUAAGUGACUUCCAGUCUAUAAAAGUGGAUCCUAAUUGAAUGUUGUUUCAUCUGUGUUAUAUGUAUUCUUUGAACAGGCUGUCACAUGUGAAGCUUUCUUUCAUUAAAUUAAAAAGAGGUCUUAGUCAUGGCUUAGUUUUUAAGAUUUUUGGUUGACAGAGGUCAAAAUAAUUGAAUGUUAUUAAUUUAACUUCUUUUUGUUGCAUUUUUAGACAUCAAUAAGACUCCAUUGGUUACUAAAAAGUCAUCCUGAAGUAAGUGUUUGCAUGCAGUAUUAUAUAUUAUCGUACAGCAUUAGCUGGGUUCAUAUGAUGGGUUUUUUUCUUUUUUUCAGGGGAUUAGGGACAGGGCAUGACCUCAGGCUAGGGUUCAUAUUUCGUCUUAUCUUCUUGUGUAUUCAAUUAUGUCUUAUGCAACAUUUAAAGUUAAAAAAAAACAUGUUGUUUUAUUUUUAACCCCUACAUAUAAGCUUGUGGGAUUGGGUGCCCUGUUGCCCUGCAUUGAAAAUGCAAAUCCAAACCCACAGCAAAAUGAUUAUUACCUCACUUGCCUGCCACACUCCUCCCUCAUACCCCUUCUUAUCCGACAACGCAUAACAAGGAAGCCAAACUUGCUCCUCACUUCAUAAAGAUCUGCAAACAUCUAAAUAAACGAUUGCUGCCCUGUGUAGCAAUAUCUUCAUUAGUUUUCUGCCUAUCACUCAACUAGUUAAAAGAGGAAAAAAAACUGUUGAAGGGUCAAUUUAUUAAUCAACACCUUCUUCCUUUCAGUUGGCUAAAAAGGCAGAUGUUGGUGUGCUCGCAUUUGGUACUAUUGACUCCUGGUUAGUCUGGAAACUUACAAGAGGUAAGUAAUUAAAUUCUUUACAAGUGUAAAUGUAGGUUGACAAGUGACGCCAACCCAAAAGGAAACAAGAAUGGUAGAUACAUGUACAUUAAUUUGAAAUUCAUAUGCCUGUUUGUAUAUCUCUCAUUGUAAUGUAAAGAAGGGAAAGAUAAUUCCACUGUUCAUGUGUAACGGGGUGCUAAGAAAAUUAAAUUUCCAGCUUGCGUGGCAGGCAUUUUAUAGGGAAGAGGGAAGGAGAAGAGCGAAGGCGCGUUAGGAGAAAAACUUUCUUGCACACUGAUAAAAAGGUCUGGGUAAAGGUGUGCAGAAACCAAGGAGGCCUUAUGGAGAGACUUUAACUUGAAUUUUGUAGCUUGACGAACUUAGUAGUAUUAUCGCAUCCCCCCCACCAAACCCCUGGAUGGGAUACUAGUCUAUCCGGGUUUACCCCAGCGGUAUGUCGCUAGUACCCAUUUAUGUACCCUACCUUGCAGUAAAGCGUGCCAGGCACAAGAAAGGGAGUGGGAGGGGGGGCGGGGGAGGAGGAGAGGAAAAGGAGGAGGAAUCCCUUUCCUUCCCUCCCCGAUCCCCUCUCCCUUUUUCCCUCGAAGCCUGCCACGCAGACUGAUAUCCGGGCAGUUCAUGCGUUGGAUAGCACUAUCCACCGGACAAAUCUCUACCCAGUGGAUUAGUACUAUGGAAACCAAUUACGUCAUCCACUUAAUAGAGGUUUCGUGAAUAGCGUUACCCACCUUUCAAACAACUGGGCCCCGGGUAAGGAGAGAUGUAGUAAAGCAAAGUCUCCUGUGAAGGGUAACAACUUAACGCCAAGGCUUGAAUACGGACCUUUAAAUGUGAUGUUUGAGGUAUUACCCCGUUAUCAGUCACUACGCCUUUACUUUUGCAUAUCGAAUGGGAUGCACAACAGGUACAAAUAUGCGUAGAAACUAGAUAAAUUAUUCAUCUUCCGUUGUGACUGACAUCUUGUGUGAUGAUUGUUUUUCCAAAGGACAGCUUCACGUCACAGAUUACUCCAAUGCAAGCAGCACAGGAAUGUUUGAUCCUUUCGUUGUGAGUGAUAAUUUUAUAGUUUUUGGACAUUAGACACGGUAAAAACAGUGAAACCUGUAUUCACAGCUUAUUAAUUUAGCGGACCCCAUAUUAAGUGGACAUCUUUUUUUAAGCGGAUGAAUAGCUCAGAAUGUGUCAAACGUUUCUUCCCAUAGUUUUCAGUAAACGGACACCUCUAUUAAGCGGACAGCAGAAAAGGUGCCGUGGGUGCCCGCCUAAAACAGGUUUCACUGUAUGACUUAAAGAACCGUUGGCUAAAAUGUCACUUACAAAGUUACCCUGCGAGCAGAGGCUACAUUUUCGCCCGCCAGCUCAUACCGCGAAAAUGUAACCUCUGCUUGCAGGGUAUCGCAAAGUAAAUUAGCGAGCUGAUUCACCUGUCAUUUUUCUUCGCUAUUGUUCCACAUCGUUCAGCUGUCAAAUGUUGAUGAAUUUUUUCUGGGGUUGAAUUCUAAAGGCCUGUAUCUUAGUUCAGAAAAAGAAAAUUGUGUCUGGUCUUCACGUUCAUCAUAUCAUAAAACAUAAAAUUUCGCAGUUUCAAGUCCUAGUCGUGCAAAAAAGUGUGAUGCACGUGCGGAGUUGUUCAUUUGCUAAUCUAACCCUACAGGACAGGCGUCGAUGCAAAAGCUCCCUAACUUCGGUCUCGUUUCUUACACUGAGGGAGCUCGUCAAUUUGAAGUGCUUUAUUCACUAAGGAAUAAUUUCCUGAGAAGUCGGUUACACUGCGCCAGGAACCAAAUAAGGUCAAAUAUCAUUUGCCGAAUAUGAGCAAGACAUAGAGUUUUGACUAUCGACUAUUUUCAGUCUUUUGAAAACAAAGAUAUUCUUUUUUUUUUACGACAAAAACUGGUAACGAUUUGUUCUUUUUUUGAGAGUGAUGGUUAAGUUAAUUUUUGAAUGGUAAUAGCAAGGCGUUUGGCUUUUUGGAACAGACCUAACUUCACAAGAGAACUGCAUAAAGAAGUGAGUUGAUGACGUUCUCGUUAAUAUAUUUUUUUUGGCAGAUGGAGUGGAGUUCAAUAAUGACCAGCCUACUCGGAGUACCUUUAUCAAUCUUACCACGAAUAGUUGAUACAAGGUAGAUGAUACAGUGAAACUUUUAAAGUGUUUGAAAACUGGAACUGCUGUCCCCAGUAUUUCAUUGGACUCGGACAAGACGCUUUACCAUGGAAAAACCCGAUUAUUAAAAUGAAAAAAAAAAAAAUCAUGGGUUUCAGCGUUUGACUCCGCCGCAUGUCGCAUAUCUGGAAGUGCUAGUUUAGACCCCACUGCCUUCGCCCUCUCAUGUCCGUUUUUAAUGAGGAGGACACCCUAAGGAUUGAGGUGUAUCUGGAGUUACUGUUAAGAUUGUGAAAGUAGUUUUAAUUUUUAAAAAAAAUGACUUUGUAAGGGUAACGCUAUUACUGGUAAUCCAGUGAGUUUACAUUGUGGCCCACAAAUACUGAAGGACAGAAACAAAGAAUAUUGAAAUAAACAUAAACGUUUUGUGACCAAGAAGUAGAACUAGAGACUACCUUGAACAAAUCCAGCUAGCCGUUUGGGCGGGAGGUGGGUGGGUGGCUUUUGAAAAAAAAGAAAUAAGAAGAACAAAAAGAAGAAAACAGUGCAAGGAGAUGAAGGGGUGGAGAGAGAGAGGGCGCUGGCGAUGUAACAUGGGCGGGGGGGGGGGGGGGGGGGGGGGGGGGGGGGGGGGGGGGGGGGGUGGGGGGGGGGGGUGGCUUUUGAGUGAUUUUAAUUCAGGCCCGCCGGAUUGCAAGUCCAGCGGUUCACACUCUUUUUUCACAUAAGAAUGUUGUUUUUCCGACCCAGGCUGAAAAUUCUUAUUCUUAGAUUCUUAUUCUUAUUCUUAUUCUUAAUUAUAAAUUCUAGCUCAUGGCAUUUCCGCUUUAGACUGUAUUGAGGUUUCAAUUACCAGUGUUCUUGUUGGUGAAAGGAAUAAUUCUUUUACGGUUAAGUUAAAAACAUAAAUUGUUCUAUAUUUACGGAACUCACAGCCUCAGGUUUAUUCUUAAAAUAUUCUUAAAAUUUCGCAAAUUUCAGCCUCGAUAUUCUUAUAAAAUAUAUUGUUAUAGGAAAGACUGUAACCGCUCAAUCCUAAUUCUAUAUGCUGUAAAAGUAUCAUCUCUCCGGUAGAUCAUCUACAAAAAGGUUCUUUGUCUACUUUCUGAACAAACCUUACACACAUGUGGCGUCUCCUCUGGAAUUUGAACCUGGGCCUCAUAGCUGGUGGUGACUGGGAUGGGGGAAGGGCUCUUCUUAUACCCGCGCGUCCCCUACUACCCUCAAAUUACGGGAUCAUUUGUGGUUUCUGGGUAACUGACCACCUACCCCUCCCCUAAGUCGACAUCAGCACUUGCUUCUCACUUAAGGCAAAAUUGUGACUCAGGGGAGGGGUAGGUGGUCAGUUACCCAGAAACCUCAAAUGAUAGUCAAAUUUACGACUGACAAUGCUUGUAAGUUGCAAACAAAUUCCUCAAAAUUUCGUUUUAAUUCAUUCGAUAUUUGUUACCAAGGGAGUCAUGAAAAACCAGCGGAGGCUUUUAUAUGCAAUGAACGGCGAGAACGAGCAAAGGAGUCAGAGUAAUUUAUUGAAAUUUCUAAUGUAGUUGUGCUGUUUAACUCUCUUCUUUUCAUUUUUCUUCUCUUAGCGGAAGAAUCUGUGAAAGCCAUAAAGAUAUUUUUGGUGCACCAAUUCCUGUGAGGUCUUUGGUAAGCAGCGCUCAUUUUUUUUGUCAAUGGUCAAGAUUGUUUUAGACACAAACCCCGAGUCUUUAAAAAGGUCUGGAUGGACGAAGUACGUCGUAUUGUGAAUGUUAAAGACAUUUCUGUUUGCAUCAUGUUAAUGGUCUGUGCUUGUUACCCAACGGUCUGAAAUUGUGUGCAAUGGAAUAUGCCACCAGCACUUAAAAAUUUUCUCAGUAUACAACUUUUUUUAUCGUUUUUUGUACCAUGCCAUAGAAAACAAUUAGUGCGCCAGACAGACGUGCAGCUCACGAUGGAGUCAGAACGGCGCUGGCUAUAUUUUCUAUGGCAUAGCAUAAAUCCUUGUUCAGGACGCAGUCGGGGUUAAUUGUUAGAUUCGUGUGACCGUAUCAGAGUCGACAUUGCCCAGUAUUCGCCACUUUAGAAAUGAGAAAGGAACUGGAGCCGAAAUGUGUCCCGCAAUUGUGCCUGGGAUCGUUACUGGUAAGACGCCAGUCUGCUAUUGGCCAAUUUUUUUCCCUGUCCCAAGUAACAAUCCCGAAAGUCAACUUGGCCCAGUUUACAUCUCAUUUCUAAAGUGGCAAAUUAUCCAAUAUUUUUGGGUGUUAGCCUGAUCCCCCAACGAUGUGUCCAAGGUAUGCAGGAUCGCUACGAUCCCUUAACUUCGUUUCAACGAUUUUAUGGAAGUUAAGUUUUUGUCUGUUUGUUUAUUUAUUUAUUUUUUGAUACUCAGCUAUAACUGGCUUACCUUUCCAUUUAAGGUCGCUGACCAACAGGCCGCUGUGUUUGGCCAGUGUUGUUUCGACGUUGGAGACGUGAAUUGUACCAUGGGGACUGGAUCGUUUAUAGAUAUAAAUACUGGUUCCUAUCCACACGCUUCUGUGGCAGGUAAUUCCAAACUCCGCAACCUACUUUUCACGGGACUGCAAUUACUUCGAUGACCGCCACAUGGCUUUUUUGAUUAACGUUAUGCGUGAUUUAACUCAGAACCUCCAGCUAUACAAGAUCUUUCAAACCUACAUGUAGAUAUUGAGUGACAAUUUUAAAAUCAAAGUAUAAAAAGGCUACCGUAUCAUCAUUAAUCUUCGGUUGUAUGAGUUUCACGAAAACUUAAAAGCCGUUUUUCGUUAGUCUGAGUAAACGUCAACUUUUCGUGACGUCACCACUGGUUUUCCCGCGAAAUGAAUUCUGAGAAACGACUGCAGAAAUUCCGUUCUGAUGACUUGUCACUACCCAGAUCUGGGUAGAAAUCAUAGCCUGCGUAGCAAACGUUUCCGUUUGGUGUCGGAGCAAAGACGGGAUUUUCGGUUUUGGCCGCGCGAAAAAUGGAACGAGAGCGACGUUCUUUUAUUCGCGCCAUUUUUCGCGUGGUCUUUGACUCUCGUUUUUUGUUCCUUGUUCCGAAACCGUGCGGGAACGUUUGUUUCGCAAGCUGGUUCGAGAGGGUUCCGUAAAAAGUUUGUAAAUGAAAAUUUUGAUCGCAUCAAAACAGGUCCUUUUCUUUUUCCCAGGUCUAUAUCCGCUGGUAGGAUGGAAGAUAGGAGGAGAAACAGUGUAUUUAGCAGAAGGAAACGCUGCAGGGUGUGGUACAGCGAUGGAAUGGGCUCGACAAAUGGGUAAAAACUUGAAUUUAAACUUCUUAAACUGAGGGGAACAGGAAAGUUUUUCAUUCAUAUCAUUGCUCCACCAUUUUCACCGGAUGAAAAAAAUAGCUGACGUUUCUUCCAGCUCGAUUUUUGUGUUCUUGCGACUUAUCUAACGUGGAAGUCGCGAACACAAACAGCGAGUUUUCGUUUGGGAUACCUCCCCUAACGAUAUAACCUCAGGAAAAUUCACCGACCGAAUUUAAUAAACUAAGCGAGUUGGAAUGAUAACUUUGAAAGAAAAAGACUGGAACGGAUUCACUCUUUAGAGACUUUUUAACCGGCGUUGUCGUCGUGAGUGCUUGAAAACAAAUGCUGGAGAUAUGAAAAUGAGUUUACCUCGGUGUAGAAACCAGAGAAUUUGUUUUUUCUUUUCACCUUUUGUUUUUUGUUGUUGUCGUUGUUCUGUUUCCUUGACGUCUUUGUUGUCUUUGUUUUAAGUCACCCCGUGAGUUUUAGAGGUUCUUACAUAGGGGACGAGUUUUCUGGUCGCUCUAGUAGAAAAUUUCAAGGGGCAACGGAACAUUUUGACGGAAUGAUACAAAUAUUUGUGUUCUAUUUCUUCAAAGCCAAUUUUGAUAACAGUUUCAGGGCUAUCACGGCCGUUUUCGUUAAAUGGAACUGUCUUGUGCAAUUUAGAUGGUAAACGCAAUUCUGGAAAAAGAUUUUCCAGUCCUGAAUUUUGGGCUCUUUCUAUCCAACCAAAACGUCCGGUUUGAAUUUUCGGGCAACUUCCAGUAGCGAACGGAACAACAUUUUCCAAAAUCUCCAAAAACGAGGACAAUUUGGCGAGGUAUACCUUUCCAUUAAACCUCGCUCCUGGAAUUUUUGGCGGAGCUCUCGCGCGCGAAGCGCGCAGCGGAGCACCAUGGGUAAGAAAAUGUGGUAAACUACCCAUCCGAGAAAAUUUGGUAACCACGUGACCGUACACCGACCGCCCGACCGUCCUUCCGCACCACAGGCAUACCAAUGUAAAAUAACUCAAUCAACAGGUAUGGCAACCCAAAUGCAACUCGAGGUUAUUUUGACGGGAAAUCGCAUAGCCACCCGCGUCUUGUAGAGCAGAAACAACUAAAGAGUCAAUGAAGAGGUAAAAUGGAAAUUGGAAAUUGUCUCUGUAUCCGUGUUUUCUAAAGUGUUAAGCUUAGAUUAAUUGUUAUGUCCACAAAUUUGGAAUAUAGAGCAAGAGAAAAACAGAGAAAGCUCAACGAGAAAAAGGGCGACAGAGAUUUAGAGCGAGAGAUGAAAAACAAAGGAGACAUUUUUUUGUUGGAAGAACAACAUGAAAAUUUUGUAACGGCGGUGACAAAAUGAGAAAUGCUAGCGGCCACCAAAUGAAUGCAAGGUGAAAAAAUUAAUGAGAAGCAGUGAAAAAAAAGUGAACGAAAAAAACGUGUAACUAAGAAGUUUCUGGAAGUUUCACGUUGUAGUCGUGCAAAAAAACGGCAAAGAAAUGUACAAAAAAAGUGUGAUGCGCGUGCAAAGUUGCUUUUUGCUAAUUAGACCUAUUGUAAGUUGUUUUUAACCGUUCUCCGGCGUUGCCUUCGCCGCUUAGCAUUACAUGAUUUUGUAUUUUGUUUGAACAAACUAUAAAUAUUAUCGAGAGCUUCGCUUUUAGCCCUGGCUAAAUCUAUAUAUCAGAAUUUUCGGUUGAGUGGUUCGCUUUUCUGAAAUUCAACAGUUUCCGGAAUUUCUGGAAACUUUUCCGGGAAAUUUCUGUAUCUUUUUCCAAGGGUGGAUUCACUUGUAACAAACACGUAUAGCUGUCGCGUUUGCUUGCUGGAAUUGUUUAUUGUUUUUGAGCUCAAAACAAAAAAUUCCAGCAGGCAAAUGCGACCGCUAUACGCUUAUGUUGCCAAUGAAUCCACCCUACAUUUUCGAAAGUUUUGGUUGAAUGGAAAGCGCCCUUUGCUUACCAUUUGCCCAAACCGUGAACCAACUGGUUUGUCCAUGUAAAUAGUAAAGAACCGUGCAUUUCUAAGGUCAUUUUUUGUCAAAAGCGACUCGACUGAAGUUAUUUGUGAUUACUACAUUGUGAAGACGCAUCACGUACCUUUCUGAAACUCGCUUGAAACAUUCUCCCCCUGAAGUCGAAGCUUCCACACAUUAACACACUGAGUCUUUUCCCUCUGCCUUAACCUCAGGACACUCCAACGACCAACACGAGCAGCAAGUUUGACUAAAAAAGACUUCAUCUUACCAGUUAUUCAUUAAGUUGCUUGGCGAACAACAACAAGCCACAUGUUUAUUUUUCACGUGCAAAUUCCGCCAAGGCCUUUCGGAAUCAUGCCUGUAUGCAUUUGAAAUGAAGGAAAGUUGGUUCGCUGAAAAAAAUGUGUGUAUGUUUUUGGGAGGCUUAGAAAAUUGAACCUUAUAUAUGUGAUCUCUUGAUGAAAAUAUGGCAUAUAUGUAUACAGAUGUAGCCUGUGAGCAAGUUCUCCGGGGUGCUCUGGCGGCGAGGCGGGAAAAGGAAGAAGAGCUUGCAACUUAGUCCCCGGAAUUUGAAUUCCUCCUCCAAUUCCCCUGUGGCUCCCCGUCAACUGAGAUGUCAGAUUUUCGCCAAUCAGUGCGAAGCGGAAACGAGCGCGAAUGUAAACUAACAUUAAGGCCAUUUAUACGAGGAAAAAUAAGACGCCUCUUACAUAAGACGCGUCUUAAAUAAGACGCGAACUUUCCGUAUAAAAGGCACAUUUCGUCUAAAAUAAGACGCGGAUUAGCUAAGACGCGUCUUAUUAGAUAAGACAUGCUCGUAUAAAUGGUACAGUUCGCGUCUUAUUUAAGACACGUCUUAUGUAAGACGCGUCUUAUUUUUCCUCGUAUAAAUGGCCCUAAUAAGAAACACGUGAAAGCACGCGUCAAGGGUAAUGACGUCAUUACUAAUGUCAUCUCCGCCAAUCAGCAUUUCGCAUCAACUUUUUCGAUGCAGAUAUUCAAAUUCCAGAGACAAAGAUAGCCUGAAUUUCGUCCGAUUGCUUCGAGUCGUUUUCUCCUCUCAGCAAGUUAGAGAGUGAUAACGACUCGAAGUAAUCGGAUGAAAUUCAGGUUAGAGACAUAGAGCGCUUACCAUUUCUAUGAAAAUCCGGUAAUUCCGGGGAGAAUUCAAAUGGAACGGCUCAUUCCGGUGGAAAUUUUCCGGAAAAACAGUUACACCUUUCGAGGUAUUACAUUUUUCCCGUUUUUAUCGAAACAGCCGAAAUUUCUUGUACCAUUGUCUGGUAAACCAGUGCCAGGCUUCCUCUUGAGGCAAAAGGUGAUUUGACCCACGCCCACUCGUUAUCAGGCGUUUUGCAAAUGGUACAACUUUAACCCAUUCCUCGUUUCGGAAACUUUUUCAAGUCCAGUACCAUUUGUCAGAAAUUUUUAACCAAAUUUUCUUACUAAUGGUAAGGGCUCAUAGUUGCAAGCUGUCCUUCCUUUUCCCGCCACGCCCCCAGAGCGCCCCGGUGAGCCAGCUCGCAGGCUAAUACAGAUGCUUCCUUUCCCAGAAAUUUCUGUGACUUUGGCUUUGUCCAUACCAUGGAUAAUAGCCUUUCUGUCAUCGAUGGUCCAUGCCGAUGCGUUUUCGAAGCGCUGUACUCAGUUUCUUCUCACCAAAAACACAUCGAAUGUUUCGUGCGCUUUCGUUUUUAUUAGUGCUCUCUACGAAUAUCUACAUUCACACUAGAGCCAUUUAUAGGGGAGAAAAAUAAGACGCGUCUUACAUAAGUCGAGCUUAAAAUAAGACAGGAACUGUAUACGAGCUUGUGAAAUGGCGCCUAAUUUAAGGCUACUGCAUCAGACGAAUUUUUGACCGGCUAAAAAAUUUGAUGGGACACUUCGUUCUCAACGGGACCGCUUAAUAUUUUCGCACUGUUCACACGGAAUUGUGAAUGGCUGGGCGUCUGAAUUUUUGUACGGCUGUUAAAAAUGUCGCAAAACAAGUACGUUCGCGAUAUUUCAAACUUGAUUUUCAGGACUCCAGUUCGCAUGAUUUGUUAAAUCUCGGCGAAUUAUUUUAGAGUUGAGUUGUCCGAGAUGUACCAAAAGUGUGAGAUGUACAUAAAGUAUUUACGUUUUUCUUGUUUACGAUUUACUUAUCCUCCUAUUAAAAUUAAGACUCCUCUUUUCUUUAAGGUUUUUACGAUGAUGUGUCGCUGACAAGUGAUACGGCAUUCUCCGUCGACAGUAAGUCACAUUUUUUACAAAAAGUAAAGGCUACUUUUAGACAAUUUUCAAAGUUUGUUUUCUUUCAUAUCUUUAGGCUCAGAGGGUGUUUACUUCGUUCCAGCGUUUAAUGGAUUGCAGGUGAAGCUUUACUGUAAUGUAACGUCACUGAAAUAUCUCAUGUAUUUUAUCAGAAGCUUGGUGUUAUAUGCUUCUGAUUUUAUCUUUAGUCAGUACAAUAAGGGUGUAUCCUGUCAAUCUGGAAACACGUUCAGAUUGUUCAAUGUUAAGAAUUUACAGUUUCCUAGAUGCAAAUAUUCUUAUCGGUUUAUUUUGCAAGGUAUGCUCAUAUUGAGUAUUAAAUUUUGCAAGCUGGUUAUUUUCGAGCAUCGUUGGCUGGCUAGGCCGGCGUUUAGCUGCAUAUGUUGACCUUAAAGGCAAGAUUUCUAUGGCUGGUCCACUCUAAAGGAGGUUUUUCCGUAUUCAUAAAUGUUUCGGGUUUUGUACAUUUAAAGUAUUCAGGUUCGCGGACGUUUGUACACAUCGGAAAGUCCACGAACAUUUAUUUGGAUGAAAAGUAUCCACUUCAGAUUCCGGAUUCAAACUCUCCAAAACGAAUCUGGUACAAAAAUGUUUCGGAUUCGUGCCGAAAUCUCCUCUUUGUUUACCUAGCCUUUAAGGCGCAACCUGUGAGCAUGCUCCUUCCGUCUCCUUCGGCUUUCUAGCUCUUGCUUCGUCUUAUAUACUCCAAAAGAAAGCCUGUAUACAGGUUAUGUAAGAAGCUGUGGGCUUUGUGCUGAAAAUGUUUGUUUGUUUGUUUGUUUUUUCAUUGCAGGCCCCCAUAAACGAUAACAAGGCUUGCGUAUCGCUGAUGGGCAUCAAAUCGACCACAAAAAAGGCGCAUAUCGUAAGAGCAAUUCUGGAAUCAAUAGCUUAUAGGUGAGCGUCACUCUUUCUGAACCACACAAUCACUUCUACUUGACUUGAUGGUGAGUUACUUAUUUUAGAUACCUUGAAGUGUAUACACCUCAAAAGCCCAUGGGUCGCUUUGCUUAUUUGAUUUUGGGUUUGUAAAACUUUGCUGAUUUAUUGAAACAAAGUCUAUAGACGCCGCCCAAGGUAACAGGAAAAAAAAAUCACAGAAAUCUAGGUAGGUCCGCAAUAAGUCCGCAAUGUAAGUAACAAUCUGAUUAAUUUAGCAUUACUUCUUGGUUUACGUCCACAGGUUUACGCAAUUAUAUGAAACUGUGGUAGACGAGACACAUAUUCCCCUCAUGUCGUCAAUCAAGUGAGUAUCUCUGAACACAAGAAAGAAAAAAAAAAAAUUAUUCGAAAAAAAAGGAACAUUUAUUAAAGAAGGUUGUGCUGAAAAAAGGACUGUUAGGGAACUUUCUUUUAAUGGCCAAACGUUUUGUUCCAUCCGGACUGAAACGUUAGGACUACAUAACAGCAUAAAACACAGUACCACAGGAAAGUACCCCACAGCAUCUUUCAGAUGAUAUACGUGUACUGAUUACAGGUAGCCAUUACGACACCUGAAGGAAGAUCACGAGGUAAUCCCUAUAUUAAGACCUCUCCUAACAGAGAAACCACCCAGCCCAGGAAAGGUCGGUAACAUCACCGGAGUCUACGUCCCCUACUCUUUUCGAACAGUCGUGUGGGUUCUUUUACAUCCCACAAGAACCAGAUGAGUGAAAGUGCUUUGAGACGGGACCUACGGCUUUUCGUCCUUAUCAGAGAAGACUAGAAAGUCUAACCGUUUGCAGAUGUCAUUACAAAGACAGCACUUUCUACUCAGUUAUUUAAAGAUCCUGAGUGUUAGUCCUUCCGGGGUUUGAACCCACGAUUUCCCGCUCAGCAGGCCGGCGCUCUUCCAACUGAGCUAACCAGGCGGCGGUUAAAUGGUCAUCUUCAGACUCAACAGAUGAAUCCACCUUGUGCAGCAUAGUAAAUAGUACCACAGGAAACUGCCACUCAGUAACUUUCAUUUGAAUGGUUGACUUGCACUCAAAGAUUUCGUCCACUGAUUCAAAAGUUAGAACCAUCUUGUACACUAUGAUAAACAGUACCACAGAAAAGUGCUGCUCUGCGACCCUUAUUUGAACGAUCACGUGCACUUCAGGUAGCACCUCACUUAUUCGCUAUUCAAUAGUUUUCACACAGAAUGGUGACGGAUGCUUUUAGUUUCAUCAGUAGUCUCAAAAAUUAAAUUUCCUUUUUUUACACCAAAGGACAGUAGAUUAAAUCCGAAAAGCUUUAUUUUUGUACGUUCAUACAUGCGCACUUCAAAAAUUCAAACAGGCUCAACAUGUGUAACGAUCUUUUUUUCAGAGUCGGCGGUGGGAUUUCCAACAAUGACUUUGUCUUGGAGAUAAUGAGCAGUUUAACAUGUCAAACCAUUGACCGCCCCUCACAGACUGACAUGUCAACGCUUGGAGCUGCAUUCCUUGCAGGACUAGCCGCAGGUAUGAUCUAAUGCUCUCUUCACACUAUACUGGAAAGAUUUACGUGCUAACACAAAACGUUAUCCGGUAGUAUAGUAUGAACACCUAUCCGAUAUGUGACUCUUCACUUUGGAGAUCGGUGCGGAACAGCUUCGCUCCGUUAAAUAUAUUGCGCCGAAAUCACAGUUCUUAUGUGUGAACAGUAGCCCAACCCGGUAUGGUUUGGUGCCGGCGCAAAAACUAUAGUAUGAACGCCUGUAUAUCCGAUAUGUGCAUGACUCUUCACUUUAGAGAUCGGCGCGGCGUAGCUUCGCUCCUCGCUGAAAUCACCGUUCUUUAUAUGUGUGAACAGAAGCCCUACCCGGUAUGGUUUGGUGCCGUCGCAAAAGCUAUUCGGUAGUAUAGUAUGUACACCUAUCCGAUAUGUGACUCUCCAGGUUAGAGAUCGGCGCGGCACAGCUUCGCUCCCUUAACUGAAUAUAUUGCACUGAAAUCACCGUUCUUAUGUGCGAACAGAAGCCCUACCCGGUAUGGUUUUUGUGCUGGUGCAAAAGCUAUCCAGUAGAACACUGAUUGUGGGAUAUGUUAGCUGGCGAGCAAGCUCUCCAUUUCAAGCCUCGAGAGAACGCGCGAGCGAGAGGCGAAGGCUCUCGCUUCUUUCCCGUUCCGCUCAAGCGUGACUUCUUGCGAGUUUUUCAAAUCAGGAGAGCUUGUCUGCCGGCUGGGAACAUGUGCGAGAGUUAUCUCAAAUUUUACUUGUUCAUUUAUUUAAUGAGCCAUACUGCAAAAAAAGAAAAAGUUGCUCUUUUGGGGAACCAGCUAGAAGAAGCCAAACUAAAUAAAGACAUACCUCACAAGCUUUGUACUGUUGGCACCCGUUGCACGCUUUUCUGACCUUGGUGGUAGUUUAAUGCUUUCCCGCCCACUUCAGCUGUUCGAUGCGAAACUAUUCAAACCGCGCAGGCAGCCCAUUCCCAGUUUUUAUCUCCCGCUCUUUGAACUAGCCGCAUACAUUUCCGCGCCCGUAACUUCAGGGGCGUGUACUUACUUCUGAUUGGCUCAGUGCUGUAUUUUGCAUAUUUCCUUUGAUUGGCCAGAUACUUACCUUACUUAGAGCUCAAAAAAGUCCUUUCCGGUGGUGUGGGACUAGUAGAUUUCCUUCCCGUUGUGCGGGACUAGUAGAUUUGCUUGCUAGGCAACCACCUCCUCUAUAGCUCACAAUCAUGGAUAAAGUCGAGCAAGAAGUGGCCUCGGGCAAGCAGAAUGUGAGAGCUGGAAUUCAAGUUUUUUACCAGCCCUGUUACUGUUGUCUUAGUUAACGUUAUCGUGUCCUUACAUUAAUUUAUUGUUUUUUUAUUCAGGCGUAUGGAAAUCACGCGAUGAAUUGAAAGCGAUCCGUUGUUCUCAGGCCCUGUUCCAACCCAAAACAUCCAUAAGGGAGCGAUUCUUGAAGACAUUCGACGAAUGGAAGGAAGCCUUACACAGAAGUAAAAAUUGGUACAAGUGGGAGUAG